AUGCCUGCCUCACCCUCACUUCAGUCUUACUUUUCAUCAUCGACGACGAAGAAUAACGAUGGCUUCGCCACAGAAGAGGUUCAUGCCCCUCUUGCCUCAUUGGAAGCGACUGCUACAAGUGCAUGGGCUCCCGCUUUUGACUACGAAGAAGCUGAUCUAGGCACACUCGAGCCUGGUCCCUGCAACCUCGUUCUCAUGGGCCGCGUCGUCUACUUCAUUGACCAAGCCAGACCAAGCAAAUCACACAAAGCAGCUCAAGGAUGCAUCAAGGUCCUCCUUGCAGACGAUACCGGUGUUCUUACUGUGCGCAUUUGGUAUAACACCACGCAGUAUAGACUCAAGCUAGGCCAGCUUCUCAGUGUGUGGACGGUACAUAUUUCGAAUUCGUCCGAGUUUAAUUCCUUGGCUCCGAAUACUGCUCCAAUGUUUACUACCAUCUUUCCCGAGGGCGAUAGGAACUGUCAUGUUAUGGUGCACGAGAAUAGUGAUGAUGGAAGGAGGUACAGGAGACCGUAUGGUAUACGGGAGAAUAAGGUGUUGACCGGACUGAUGACGCUGAAGAGCUUCACGGAUGGUGGGUACGAUGUCGAAGAGCCGAAGUUGCUGUGGCUUACUCAACAACCAGACAUGAACCGCAACGGCACAACCUCCGAACUUAUCUCCAUCGGUAUCUUUGACGACACGGCCGACGGUCAACUUACUUUGUACUCUUCCAUGUGCGACUCUGCAUCUCUCUUCAUUGCCUCGAAAACAGUUUUGCUGAUCUCAAACCCCGGAUGGCGGAUAGAGAAGUUGGCCAGGCUCACGCUGAGCGGUAAUUCACGCAUCGAUAUCGACCCAGACAUGGGUGAUGCACGGAGAUUGAGAGCGCUAGCACAAAAACUGACGAAGAAAGAACAUGUCAAUCCGCCAUUUCCUAUCGCUGAUAGUUUGAUUGAUGGUUUCAAGACUGCAGCCAUAAGAGCACUGUACACAUUUGCGGAUGUGGAUGACGUCGCUCGCUCGCUCUCGAACAAAAGAUCCAAGGAGACUAUUGCUGGCUACCUCAGCGUUAUCGUCACAGAGCUUAACAUUGUCACAACGUUUAGGCGAAAUAUGCUCAUGAGCAAUGAAUGCUGCGGAAUCCCUAUUUUCGCCAACAACAUAGAGAUUGAGUGCAAGCAGUGUGGUAGGAUGGUAAAACUGAGGAUCAGUCCAAGAAUAGCAAGUGGGCUCCAUUCCUCUCGAAGAUCAUCUCGUUCUAUCCCUGAUGCUUUCCAGCUCGGUGCUCUCCUCGACGAAACCGGCCAGAUUAGCUCUGGAAAACUCAUCCUCUCGGACGCUGCAUGGUCUCAACUCCUCGGCCGCACAUCGGAGCAACUCUUGCACACUCCUAUUGAUGUUCUCCGCUACCUAGAAGAGCGCGUACUUUUCCUCCGCAUCACGAUGGGAUUUGCGUUGAACCUGGAAGACGAGAUUGGAAGACUGGCUAUAUGGUGCGUUAGAAGCUAA